CCCCGCGUGCGUGAGGGAAGGCGGGGCCUCGGGGGAGGCGCCAGGGCCCGUCCGACGCGAACUGCGCUGCCCAUGGCAGACGGGGCUGGCUCCCCGCGCCGCAGGGCCCGGGCCCCCCGCGCCUCCCGAAACGCCGCAGAUACUAAACAAACAAGUGCCUUGAAACAAGAAGAUGCUUAUAAAAGGAAGGCAGAACUAGAAGCAGCUGUGAGAAAGAAGAUUGAGUUUGAGAGAAAAGCUCUACAUAUUGUUGAACAGCUUUUAGAAGAGAGUAUUACGGAAGAAUUCCUAAGGGAGUGUGGGAAGUUCAUUACACCUGCUCACUACAGUGAUGUUGUGGAUGAACGUUCCAUCAUCAAACUCUGCGGUUAUCCAUUGUGUCAGAAGAAGUUAGGAAUUGUACCAAAACAGAAAUAUAAAAUUUCUACCAAAACCAAUAAAGUCUAUGAUAUUACCGAAAGAAAGUGUUUUUGCAGCAAUUUUUGCUAUAAAGCAUCUAAGUUUUUUGAAGCACAAAUUCCUAAAACUCCGGUAUGGGUUCGAGAAGAAGAAAGGUAUCCUGAUUUUCAGCUGCUGCAGGAAGGACAAAGGGGCCAUUCUGGAAUAGAAGUACAGUUAUGCUAUGAAGCCAUUAAAACAUCAGAUGUUGACAAUCCUGGCCAUUUUAAGAAGCAUUAUGAAUCUAGUUCUUCUAGCACUCACAGUGAUAGUAGCAGUGAUAAUGAGCAAGACUUUGUUUCCUCCAUUCUACCAGGAAACAGACCAAAUGCAACAGCUAUAAGACCACAGCUGCACAAAAAGUGCAUAAUGAAAAAGAAAGCUGGUCAAAAAUCUAACUCCAAACAUGAAGACAAAGAGCGAACAAUAAUAGAUGUCACCGAGCAGUUAGGCAACUGCAGACUAGAUAGUCAGGAGAAAGCUGCUGCCUGUGAACUUCCUCUACAGAAAGGACAUACUCAGAUUUCUUCAAAUAGGCCUUUGCAAGAAAAACUAGAAGCUUCAGAGAAUUCUGAAAAUAAAUACGAUAGUUCAAAAAUAACCCUAGUAGGCAUAAGUAAGAAAAGUGCUGAACAUUUUAAGAGGAAAUUUGCCAAAUCAAAUCAAGUUUCUAGGUCAGCUUCUAGUUCGGUACAGGUGUGUUCUGAAGUUGCAAAGACAAACUUACUUAAAGUCCUGAAAGAGACUUUGAUUGAGUGGAAGACAGAAGAAACGUUGAAGUUUUUGUAUGGCCAGAAUUAUGCUUCUGUGAGUCUGAAGGCUGAAGAGGAACUUGAUGAAGAUGAUACAAACUCUGACCCAGACAUUCAUUCCCCUGCUUUGCCAGAAUCUCAAAAUAGCUUGGAUGAGUCUUUACCUUUUAGGACCUCAGAUACAGCCAUUAAACCACUCCCAAGUUACAAGAACUUGAAAAAAGAAACUGAAACAUUAAAUCUAAGGAUCAGGGAGUUUUACAGAGGGCAAUAUAUUUUGAAUGAAGAAACCACCAAAUCACAAGAUUCAGAAGAGCAUGAUCCCACCUUCCCACUGAUAGAUUCAAGUUCUCAGAACCAGAUUAGAAAACGCAUCAUACUUGAAAAGUUGAGUAAAGUCUUGCCUGGACUUUUGGAACCUCUUCAGAUUACAAUAGGAGAUAUUUACACACAGCUUAAAAAUCUUGUCCAAACAUUCAGAUUAACAAAUAGAAAUAUUAUACACAAACCUGCAGAGUGGACCUUAAUUGCUAUGGUGUUGCUGUCAUUACUGACCCCAAUUCUUGGCAUUCACAAACACUCUCAGGAAAAUGUGGUGUUCACACAGUUCAUAACCACCCUGCUUGAAGAAUUACAUUUAAGGAAUGAAGACCUUGAAAGUUUAACCAUCAUAUUUAGAACCAGCUGUUAACCAGAGUGGUAUAAACCAUGAAGACCAAAUAAAAGAUGAACUUCUAUUCACCAUUUCCCAGAAUUCUAGCCACAAUGAUGGUCUGAUGGUGAUUGAUACCUAGCUUUGUUCCAAGAAAGACUUUUGCCUCAGAUUUCAACCCCCUGCCUUCCAGUCCCUAACUGUACAGAGAGACUUACCCAGGUAGAGGAGAACCAUUAUUCUAACAAGGAUAACCAAGUCCUUGCAUCCCUAUAUAAGAUGUAGUAUUUUUAUUUGAAAAUGAAAGAUGAAGUCUUAAAUUGAUACUUGAAUUUUUUUU